AUGGCUAAGCUAAGAGUAUCAUUUCUGUUGUUGGCUGUCGCUAUGGUGCUCCUUGCCAUGGAAGCCAACUCUGUUCUGGGCCAAGGCAGUGGAAACGGCAACGGGAAUGAUUACGACGUAUUGCCACCACUAGCGACGGGACAGGAGCAGUGUAUGUGCAAAGCUCUGGGAGCCUGUUUUUACAAGACCCUUAUUUGUCCACCAGAAUGCCCUGAGAGGAAGCCCAAAAACAACAAGAAGAAGAAGGGUUGCUUCGUUAACUGCGGAAGCAAGUGUGAAGUCACUUGCAAGGUUAGAAGAGGCAACUGUAAUGGGUAUGGAGCUGUCUGCUACGACCCUCGAUUUAUUGGUGGUGACGGCGUAAUGUUCUACUUCCAUGGAGCCAAAGGAGGAAACUUUGCCAUUGUCUCAGACGAAAACCUCCAGAUCAAUGCACAUUUCAUUGGGACUCGACCAGAAGGAAGGACUCGUGACUUCACAUGGAUUCAAGCCAUCUCAAUCAUGUUCGACAGUCACACCCUAGUUAUUGGAGCAAAGAGGGUUUCCAAGUGGAAUGACAAAGUUGAUGCUCUCAUGGUGAAGUGGAAUGGCGAGUCAGUUCACAUUCCUGAACAUGUAGGGGCCGAAUGGAGGACUACUGGUGAGAACAGAGAGGUAAUCGUUGAAAGAACUGAUGAUGCGAAUUACGCGAGAGUUACAGUCUCUGAUCUGGUCGACAUUACCAUUAGGGUUAGGCCUAUUGGAGAAAAGGAAGACAGAAUUCAUCACUACCAGAUACCAGCUGAUAAUUCUUUUGCUCACUUGGAGACACAGUUCACAUUUUCAAAGUUGUCUGAUCUCGUGGAAGGAGUUCUAGGGAAGACUUACAGGCCAGGUUAUGUUAGUAGAGUCAAGAUAGGAGUUCCAAUGCCAAUUAUGGGUGGAGAGGAUAAGUACAAAACUCCAUCACUCUCUUCACCUCUCUGCAAGGUUUGUAGGUUUCAAACUACUCCUCCUCAAACUGGAGUGGCUUUUUAA